CCCCAGCUAUUCAAGUUGUCAGAAACCAAAACAUUUCAGACAGAGCUGUGGAGGCCAUCUAUGUGAAAUUGUCUACUUUGAUUUCGCACUUAGAUCUAUUCAAGCAACGUUCUGAGUAGAUAAUAAAAGUCGGAUUAUAACGAAAGUAUCCAUCAUUUGUACUAGCCGCAGGUAAAUUAGUUAAAUUCCAGUUCGAAAGUUACUCAAAGUUGGAGCAAUUGGUUGAAUAACUUUCGGGCCUAAGUUUCGCCGAUUAUUAACAAAGGUGGUUUGGUCACAGAAUCUGAAGAUCCACUAAAGCAGUUGCUAUAAAUUUAAAGAGAAACUACAAGCAGAUCAAUCUGCUUUGGAAGAGUGUCUUCAAAUUAAUUGCAUGUCGAUGUUUUCAAGACUCUUCAGAGUCACUGGCAUGGCAUCUUGGAUUAUUCAGGCCUAACCCGGAACGCUCAGGCCUGUCAGAGUUGGUUUGGACAAGACAUUAUUAAAAUCAGUCCGUUAUACUUUUUUGUGAAUUUUAGAACCUAUGAACUUCAAGCUACACAGAUAAAGUCAGUUUGCCAGAUAACACGUGUGGAAAAUCCCCUAUCAUGUUAUAAUUAGAUUUUACAAGCUACAAAUUGUUUGACCACUCGAGAGGUUUUUAAAAUGCCUUUAUCCGAUUCUGAGCCUCCUGCUUUACCCGAAGCCAGGAGCAACAAGCUUGACAGAGCUGGAUCUGUUCGCUUUAAUCUUCAAGUUUUUAUUCCAAAUGGAGAAACGAGAACAGUAAAGUAUGGAGAAUCAUCGGAUUUAAAGACCAUCAUUGAAAUUUUAAUCAAGAAACUGGGUGCAAGCAUUUCUAUCGCAUCAAAGUAUUAUGCCUUAAGACUUGAGCAUGAAUCAAGCAAGGAGCACUUUUGGCUUAAUUCUAAUAUGCUGAUGUCUGAUGUUCGAAACAGACAUGAGGAUAGAGUUGGUAAAGAAGGGUGGAGGUUUACACUGAGAGUUAGAUUCUUCAUUAAAGAUUUACGAGAAUUUUACAAAAUCGACAAAACGACUUACUACUUCUUGUAUGACCAGGUACGGGCGGAUUAUCUUACCUCUGUUGCGGAUUCCGUCGAUCAGGAGACAGCUUUUCAGUUCGGCGUCUUAGAAAUGAAGCGGUUUUUUAACAAUAUGCCACAGGCGGCGCUUGACAAGAAAUCUAAUUUUGAAUUUAUUGAAAAAGAGUUCGGACUAGGCCGGUUUUUGCCACCAUCCAUUACAGACAACAUGAAGAGUAAAGAUAUACGCAAGAACAUUCAAAAACAUUUUAAGCAAUUUUCAAAUUUAACUGAGGAUCAAUGUGUGUCAGAGUUCUUCGAUCGACUUGUAAAGAUCCACAGAUUCGAUCUCGAGGUCUACACCUGUUCAUUAGGGAGUGGAUGGUCGAUCACAGUCCAUGCCGUCAUUGGGCCUAAUGAUGGUAUAAGUUACAGGGCACAGGAAGGGACAAUUAUUACACCAAUGGCUAAUUUUAAGCAGAUACGCUCUAUAAAAAUAUCAAAAAUGGGUUCACAACAUGGCAGUCACGCUGGGAAGGCGACCAUCACACUUCAAGUCGAGGGAACAAGCGAGCCAUUAACCUUCACUGUUGGAUCAUCACACAAAGCAACGGAAAUGAGCGAGCUUAUCGAUGGCUACUGUAGCAUGUUUGGCCUCACUGCAAGCACUUUGAUCAUUAAGCGUUCAGAGAUUUUCAACGUCCCAUUAUUGCCUACGAGCUAUUCUAACUCCGAAUCGUUUCAAAAUCCUCCACUGCCGCCACGGCGUGAUUCAAAUAGCUGGAGGUCUCUCCCGUCACUUCCAAAACCAGAUGAUCCAAGUGCCAACAAAUCAGUACGAGAAUCCACUAUGGUCAGUUUGAUUGAUCAGAAAAAACUUACAGAAGCAACCUCCCCAACCAAAAAGACUUUCAAUGGAGAUUCAAACGACUAUUCCGAAAUUGACUGUCUAGAUGAAGACUACGCCGAGGUCAUGGCCUCAAACGACUACGAAAUUCCCCAGGAUAAGUUGAAUUUUUGCGAAAUUAUCGGACAAGGCCAAUUUGGGGAUGUUUACAGAGGAACUUACGAUUGUAAGGAUGGCACCAAUAUGGAAGUCGCCAUAAAGAGCUGCAAGGUCACUAGUGAAGUCGAAGAUAAAGGAAGAACUGACAAAUUUUUAGAAGAGGCCUUUAUCAUGAAACAGUUUGAGCACCCUCACGUCGUCAAAUUGAUUGGUGUUGUAUCCUCAGAUCCUGUAUACAUUAUAAUGGAAUUGGCGCCAUUCGGCGAGCUUCGAUCGUAUCUCCAGAACCAGCAACUUCGAAUCGAGCUAGACACAUUGCUCUUGUUCAUAUUCCAACUCAGCACUGCAUUAUCGUACCUCGAAAGCAAGAAUUUCGUUCAUAGAGAUGUUGCUGCGCGAAAUGUUUUGGUUGUUAGUCAGAAUAUUGUGAAGCUAGGAGACUUUGGCUUGUCAAGAUGGAUGGCCGAGCAAUCUUAUUACAAAGCUUCGAAAGGAAAACUGCCCAUAAAAUGGAUGGCCCCAGAAUCGAUUAAUUUCAGGCGAUUUUCGACGUUGAGUGAUGUCUGGAUGUUUGGUGUUUGCAUGUGGGAGAUUCUAAUGUACGGCGUCAAACCUUUUCAGGGUGUGGCAAAUGAAAAGGUUAUCGGCAAAAUCGAAAACGGUGAACGGCUCCCGCUUCCACCCAAUUGUCCUCCUACAUUGUAUCACGUGAUGAUGGAAUGCUGGUCGUACGAGCCAUCAAAAAGGCCUCGAUUUCAAAAACUAAAAACGAGAUUAUCCAAUUUAAUGAAGGAGGAACAAGCUGCUCUAGAAGAAAGAAGAAAACACGAAAAACGAAGAAUUAUAAACUCCAUGGCUUUUGGAAUUGAUGAGGCACCCCCAAAGCCUGCAAGACCUGGUGUCUUCAACAUCAGCCAAUUUCUUUCGACAGAGGGUGGUGGAAAAUCAUCGACUUUGCCGCGCCAGCGAAUGAACACAAUUUCUGGCGGAAACGACCCGAACAGAGCUUCAACGCUCAAUAUUCCUAGAAAGUCCCCAAGUCCAUUGGCACGAGGAAGUGCCAAUAGAAUGUCUUGGUCGGGAUCACGUGCACAUGCACUUCAGGAGGAGCAUGCGAGAAAACAAUGGGAGGAAGAGCGUCGACGUCACCUUUUGUUUGAAGAAAAGCAGAAAUUCGAAGACGAAUUGCGUGUACAAAGAGCACAGUCAGAUGCCGACUCGGAGUGGCUGAGGAAGGAGGAGCGGGCUUUCUCUAUUAGCAAUGGGAAAAAAUCUGAAUCGGGUACAUCAAAGGUCGAUAGUACAGAUAGCGAAAGUGAUGAGAAAUCGAGCGUCGCAGUGGCUCAGGAAUUACCUACGCCUGAUGAAGAGUCGCAAUCGUCAAUCGUUGAAAAUAGCCUGAAUGUAAAAGGAACAUUACUGCGAAGGAGUCGACCAUUAUCAGAUGUCAAGCCACAAGAAGCGAAGAUUGAAGAUGACACAGAAAAUGGGGUAGUUAUGAUUGACAAUCCUGAACCAGAAGCUUCGCCUGAAGAGGAGAAAAUGGAGGAAGAAACUACUACGAAGACAAACGCCCCCGUGGCAGAUAUCGAUCCGGCGCAAGACCCUGUUUAUCAUAAAACGACUAGUGUUGUCAAGUCCAUCCUUGAAUUAAAUACAGGCGUUCAGAUUGCUAGGCCAGAAGAAUUUGUCGAUCUAGUCAAGGUUGUUGGUCUCAAUCUAAGAGAUUUCUUAGCAACUGUUGACUUGGAGAUUGAGAGCCUCGCUUCAUCAACUCAUAAAGAGGUGGAAAUGGCUCACAAGGUCCUAUCAUCAGAUAUGGCGGAACUGAUCAAUCGAAUGAAACUCGCCCAGAAGUACUCGAACACCACGUUGGACCAAGAUUAUAAACGAAACAUGCUUGAGGCGGCACACGCCCUUGCAUUUGAUGCGAGGAACUUGUACGACACCGUCGUGAAAGCACGAUCGACUAAAUCGUGACUAUUGUUACGUACAAGCGUGAUUGAAGCCUCUUCGCCGACGUCUACUGUGUGUUACUAGAGGUAUUGUUGAAACUAAUCCAGUUGAUGAGCGAUAACUAACGUGUAGAUACAUUCAGGUUCCUGAUUCAAUUUUCGCCGUUAUUUGUAACCGUGAAAUCUGCGGCUCCGUCGUUUGUGCCCAUAUGUUGUAUGACUUUAUAACUGCAUUUUUUGGAAUGCAUCGUCUUCCUGUUGUUUGUGCGGUAUGAAAUGUAGCAUUUUGAAUCACAAGAAUAAUUUUGGAGAGCUUGGAGCAUCGUUAUAGGUGGCGCUAAGUUCGAAAUUUCUUUCUUUUUCAAGUUUAAUGUUCUGAAAUGCUGUCAGAUUUGUAACUUUAAGUUACUUUUUGUUUUUUCUUUUUGUUUUCUUAAUGUUAACAUAGCUAUAUUACAGAAAUAAUUUUUAAGCAGAAAUUCGUUGUCAAAGAAACAGAGUGUCGUCAAAAUUAUAGAAGACCACAAUCUGAAUGGGUUCCUCCUUUGGUUUUUCAUUUUUUUAAUGGUCAGCUCUUUUGUCAAAGCUCAAGUCUUGAGCUUCUAAGUCUCAUUUGUAAAUGAUGAUUUAAGCUCUAAAAAAAGUAUAUAUCGACUAACUGAGAAGAUUUUUACAGGUAACAGAUAUAGUUCUGUCUACCUUUGAAAAGAGUAACGAAUUAUAUGAGGUCUUUAAGAAAGCGAAACACGUGGGCAGAAACAUGGUUAUUGACAUAGUCACGUGGUAAAUAUGACAGAAGGAAAUAUGACCAAUAAUGACAUCCCCAAUGUUUUCUGAUGUGGAAGUAAACCCAUUAAAACGGAUGGCGUAAUAACAGUAAUUCAUUUGCCGGCUUCUAUUUCAUUAUGCUACUGAAGACCAUUGAAAAAGGAUAAAGUGAUAUCAUCGAUUGUCUGGUUUUCCAGACUUUUUUGAAUUAAAUAGGGGGUAUUGGAUGGUCUCUAGUAAUCUGGGUGUGAUCUGUAGGGUUUACAGAAGGAAUAAAAAGGGUUUCUGUUAGUUUAGAAGGGGCUUGAGAAUUGUGUCGUGUAAGAUGUAUUAUAAUAAGAAUGUUAAAGUAAUUUGUUAACUGCAUUUUCAAUUAUAUAACAAAUUGUAUCAUUUCAUAUAUAUAACCAUUAAACGUUAAUAUGCAAGUUGUCGGUGCUGAAUAAUUUAGGGAAAUCGAAAGUCAAAAAAUGCGGAAUUACAAAAUAACUUUGGUUAGUUGGAUAUCUUCAUAAGUAAGGAAAUUAAUUUUUACGUCUUUUCUUGUAAUGUUAAAGAUCAACUCGUCAUAAGCUCGUGUUGCUCAUUUAAAGAUAUAGUUUUCGAGUUGUUUAGCUUUGAAAGAGACAAAGCAUUUCAUAUUUGAAAAUAAAGGGUCCUUUCGUAUCCAUUAGGGUCCAAUGAGACAUCCUCGUAUCCAUCAGUUCCAUGGCAACUGCCUCGUAAUGAAUGUCUUCUAUAAAUUCCGUUCAGUGUACAUUUUUUGCGCCUGCAUCAAUUUAUAGCAAAUUUGUGGCGUACUGAUAUGUGUUGUAAUAAAGUUGUUCAUCUAAAUGUUUUUUUAGAUCACGCGUGUUUCCUACUAACUUGUCUCAUGCGUUGCUUGAGCCUAAUCGCCUAUUUCGAUCCAUUUUUACCUUUUAUUAAAUAUAGAUAGUUAUAUAGAUUGAAUAUUCAUUUAUACUUUGUAA